AUGAAGAGUAUUCAGGAAUAUACAAUCCUGUGGAACGCUACUGAAAGUGGAACCUUCAUCAUUCAGCACUCAUUUAGCACUGAAAACUAUCGUUCAUCUAAUCAUUCAUUUUAUCAAAAAGUAAGAGUUGUUAAAAGUUCAAGUUUACAAGCUGUUAAAAAAUUCUCUAGAGAAGUGAAAGAAGUAAAGAAGUUUUAG